CCAUGACAUCUCAACACCUCUGUUUUCAUACUCAGAGUCCGGCCCUCACUCACUAAUCUGAGUUGACAAGAUGUGUGAUGACGAAGAGACCACUGCUUUGGUGUGUGAUAAUGGGUCGGGUCUGGUGAAAGCCGGGUUUGCGGGAGAUGAUGCACCACGAGCCGUGUUUCCUUCCAUCGUUGGUCGCCCACGUCACCAGGGAGUCAUGGUUGGUAUGGGCCAGAAGGACUCAUAUGUCGGAGAUGAGGCCCAGAGCAAAAGAGGUAUCCUGACCUUGAAGUAUCCCAUCGAGCACGGCAUCAUCACAAACUGGGACGACAUGGAGAAGAUCUGGCACCAUGCGUUUUAUAAUGAGCUGCGAGUUGCCCCUGAGGAGCAUCCCACCCUGCUCACAGAAGCCCCUCUCAACCCUAAGGCCAACAGAGAAAAGAUGACUCAGAUCAUGUUUGAGACUUUCAAUGUCCCUGCCAUGUAUGUGGCUAUUCAGGCAGUGCUGUCACUGUAUGCAUCUGGGAGAACCACAGGUAUUGUCCUGGACUCUGGUGAUGGUGUAACCCACAACGUACCGGUUUAUGAAGGUUACGCUCUUCCUCAUGCCAUCAUGCGUCUGGACUUGGCUGGUCGUGACCUCACAGACUAUCUCAUGAAGAUCCUAACAGAGAGAGGAUACUCUUUUGUCACAACUGCUGAGCGUGAGAUUGUACGCGACAUCAAGGAGAAGCUUUGCUACGUGGCUCUGGACUUUGAAAACGAGAUGGCCACCGCAGCCUCCUCUUCAUCCCUGGAGAAGAGUUACGAGCUGCCUGACGGCCAGGUCAUCACCAUUGGGAAUGAACGUUUCCGUUGCCCAGAGACCCUCUUCCAGCCCUCCUUUAUUGGCAUGGAGUCUGCUGGUAUUCAUGAAACCACCUACAACAGCAUCAUGAAGUGUGACAUCGACAUUCGUAAGGACCUGUACGCAAACAACGUCCUCUCUGGUGGGACCACCAUGUAUCCUGGUAUUGCUGACCGCAUGCAGAAAGAGAUCACUGCUCUGGCCCCCAGCACCAUGAAAAUCAAGAUUAUUGCCCCCCUGAGAGGAAGUACUCUGUGUGGAUUGGUGGCUCCAUCCUCGCGUCUCUGUCCACCUUCCAGCAGAUGUGGAUCAGUAAGGAUGAAUAUGAUGAGGCCGGACCGUCUAUAGUCCACAGGAAGUGCUUCUGAGGAACUAAUUUUCUUUCUCUAAACACCCUCUAUUAUCUUCCCAGCAAUUUAUGUAUCUUGUCAAAAUCUAUGUUUAUGUAUUUGGAAUUUUUUGCAGGAUAUGUAUAUAUUUCAAAAUAAAUCAUUUUUCAGAA